UUUUUGUUUCUACUAAACCUGUGCUAGUACUUACCUGGUCUGAAAUUUUCAAUACUAAUUAACUUCAAGUUCUAGAGUCUUGAAUAUUGGAGAAAACCCACAAUUAUGGCUACGGCUAUGAAUGUGACGAGUGCAUGUUUCUAUCUUGAAAGUAAUAGGAGAUCAGUUCAUGGUGUGAGGGUUGUUGCUUCUAAGAAUUUUUCCGUUUCAAAAACAGAGGAAGACAAGGUGAAGUUGGGUGCGUCUGAUUUGAAGGUGUCAAGGCUUGGACUUGGUGCUUGGUCUUGGGGUGACACCGGCUACUGGAACAACUCCGAGUGGGAUGAUGCGAAAACGAAGGCUGCCAAGUCGGCUUUUGAUGUCAGUAUUGAUGGAGGUAUAACUUUGUUUGAUACGGCUGAAGUUUAUGGCUCUUGGCUCUUAAAUGGUGCUGUAAACUCUGAAACUCUUCUAGGAAGUUUCAUCAAGCAAAGGAAACAAAAAGAUCCUGAAGUGGAGGUAGCUGUUGCGACCAAGUUUGCAGCUUUGCCUUGGAGGCUGGGACGUCAGAGUGUUGUAAAGGCGCUUAAGGAUUCCCUCUCUCGCCUAGGACUUUCUUCGGUAGAGCUCUACCAGCUACACUGGCCUGGAAUAUGGGGAAAUGAAGGGUAUAUUGACGGUCUUGGAGAUGCUGUUGAGCAGGGACUAGUGAAGGCUGUAGGUGUUUCAAACUACGAUGAGGGCAAACUCCGUAAUGCUUACAAGAAGCUCAAGGAAAGAGGUGUUCCACUGGCUGCAAACCAAGUAAAUUACAGCCUUAUAUACAGGCAGCCUGAGGAAAACGGUGUCAAGGCUGCCUGUGACGAACUUGGGGUCACUUUGAUUGCCUAUUCCCCUAUGGCUCAAGGUGUUCUUACAGGAAAGUACACACCAGAAAAUCCUCCGUCUGGUCCUCGAGGCAAGAUUUACACUCCCGAGUUUCUAACAAAGCUUCAACCUCUGCUAAAAAGAAUCAAAGAAAUAGGACAGAGCUACAGUAAAACUAACACGCAGGUAAUCUUGAACUGGCUGCUUGCACAAGAAAAUGUCCUUCCAAUCCCAGGGGCCAAAAAUGCCCAACAAGCCGAGGAAUUUGCCGGUGCGCUUGGUUGGAGACUCACUAGUGAAGAGAUCAAUGAGCUGCGCUCCUUGGCACAGGAUAUAAUUCCUCUAGGUUUUGCUCAAACAAUAGGGAAAUAAGAUCACGUCUCAGAAGUUACCCAGUUAGCUGUAAUAGUAGACUGACUUGUCACGGUUGUCAUCUGCAUAUUGUAAUCUUCAGGACAAACUAAAGUGCAUGUUCAAAUCCAUGAUUAAUCCAGCAAUAUGUUUGAAGCAAUAAA